AAUGAAUUACAAAAUUUUAUAGUAAAUUAACACUAUUGUGUAACAAUUGGCAGCCUUACCUAACCCUAAAGUACUUACCUAACCCUAAUAACAGUAAAAUAUUAUCUUUAUCAAGAUAUUACAGUUAUGGUUUUGAUAACUCGAAUAAAUUAACCCAAAAUAAUUCAGUACUCUCGCGUAAAGCGACCAACAUGAAUAGUAAAAUCGCAAUAUUUCUUUUCGGAAUUUUCGUUUCAUCUUUUGCCUAUAAAAGUUACGAAAACUUUAAGGUUUACAAAGUGAUACCCAAAUCAGAUGUUCAGAUUCAAAUUUUAACAGAUUUACGUAAAAAUGGAAGUUAUGAUUUCUGGACAGAUAUUUUAACGGUCAACAAUGAAGUCAGAAUUUUAGUAUCUCCGGAUCAGGAAGUGGAAUUUGUUAAAUAUCUCAAGAGUGUUGAUUUAACUGCAGAAAUUUCUAUUAAAAAUGUGCAAGAGUUAAUCGAAGCACAACUUAAACCAUCUGCGUCAUCGAAAUCCAGUCAGCUUGGCUCUUUUACAUGGAACGAAUAUCAUAAUCUUGCGCGAAUUCACUCAUGGCUGGAUGAACUUCAAGAAUCAUUCCCAAACGUGGUUAAAACUGUCGUCAUUGGGCAAUCUGUAGAAGGACAUGACAUUAAAGGAGUCAUUAUAGACUUCAAACCUGGUGCUAGAGGCGAUAAGCCAUUGAUUGGGAUGUUGGAAGGUGGUAUCCACGCUAGAGAAUGGAUAUCACCUGCCACUGUAACAUGGAUUAUAAAAGAGUUCUUGACUAGUAACGAUCCUGAUAUUAGAUUCAUGGCUGAAACAUUAGUGUGGCAUAUUUUUCCCGUCGCCAAUCCUGAUGGCUAUAUGUAUACAUUUACAAACGACCGAAUGUGGAGAAAAAAUAGAAAUACAGCCAACUAUGUUACAUGUGGUAACAACAUUGAAAUUGGUAAUGGCAUUGAUCUGAACAGAAACUUUGACUUUUUGUGGAUGAGUGUUGGUGCAUCGAGCAAUCCUUGUGAUAACACUUACGCUGGGCCUACACCAUCAUCAGAGUUGGAAACUCAAGCGAUCAUAAACUAUGUCAACCAGCUUCGAGUUUCUGGCAACAUGAUUUAUUACAUAGCGUUUCACUCAUGGAGUCAAAUGAUAUUGGUACCUUACAGUCAUGCCACUGGAGUCCAAGUUUUGGAGGCCAGCAACUAUGCCGACAUGUAUGAAAUUGCUAUUCGCGGCGCUGCUAAGUUAGAAUCGGUGCAUGGCACACAAUAUACAGUGGGAACAUCAGCUGAAAUUUUAUAUGCUGUCAGCGGUUCAAGUUUUGAUUGGGUCAAAGGAGUGGCAGAUAUACCUAUAGUCUAUCUUUUUGAGCUCCGAGAUGUCGGACAGUUCGGUUUCUUACUACCCGCUGAACAAAUUAUUCCCAACAACGAAGAAGUCAUGGCCGGUUUGGUUGAAAUGGAGAAAACCGCUCGUGGUUUGGGUUAUUACAGUGGAGCUGGUGAUGUGAAAUCUGUAUUACUGUUCAAUUUAAUUGCUUUAGUAUUCGCUUUGUUGAGAUAGUAAUAAAAGAGAUUUGGUAUUAUUUUACAACUU